AUGAGGGAAUUACAGCUCCAAAACAAUAGCUUUGGCGAGGAAAUCCCCUUGGAGAUUGGCCAUUUGACAAGGCUGCAGAUUUUGAAACUAAACAACAACUCAAUUGGCGGCCGAAUUCCUGUAAAUUUAUCGUCUUGUGCUAAUCUCAUUGAAAUCGAUUUUUCUUACAAUGGAUUGGUGGGAGAAGUUCCUGUGGAUCUCGGUUUCUUGUCAAAGCUUGCGACAGUAAUUAUUCACGACACCAAUCUUACUGGAAGUCUCUCUCCUUUAGCGAAUUUGUCAUCUCUUAAAGCACUUUCUGCAGCGGAAAACUUCUUUGAUGGCAGCAUUCCUGACGGUUUUGGCCAAUUAAAGAAUCUUCAGAAGCUCGCAAUUGGCAUAAACAGGUUGUCCGGGAUCAUCCCUCCUUCACUCUUCAAUCUCUCUUCUCUCACAAUGUUUGAUGUCAUUGGAAACCAAAUCCAGGGGAGUCUUCCAUGGGUCUUGGGGAUCACUCUUCCGAAUAUUGAGUUCUUCAACAUUGGUGAUAACCAAUUUACAGGAUUAAUUCCGGCUUCAAUAUCGAAUUCAUCUAAACUCCAUUACCUAAUAAUGGUUCAAAACAAACUUAUCGGAAAGGUUCCUAAUUUGGAAAGGCUGCGAAACCUCGAGUGGCUAAGCAUUUCUGGCAAUCAGCUUGGAUCCGGGGAAGCUGAUGCCUUGAACUUUAUCUCUUCUUUGAUCAAUGCCACCAAUUUGCAGGUUUUGGGCGUGAAUCUCAACAAUUUUGGGGGGGAGUUGCCAGGAUCCAUUGGUAAUCUCUCAGGUAAUCUUCAAGUUUUGUAUCUAGACAACAAUAAGAUAUUCGGAAGCAUUCCACCUGGGAUUGUAAAUCUUGUUGGCGUGCAGAGUUUGUAUAUGCAGGUUAACCAACUCACCGGAUUGAAUCUCAUCAACAAUUCAUUGUCUGGUAACAUUCCAUCUUCCCUCGGAAAUCUGAGUUUGUUAAGUGAACUUGUUUUAGGAAUCAAUAAUUUUCAGGGAAACAUUCCUCAAAGUCUAGGGAAUUGCAACAAUUUGCAAUUGUUGUUUCUUUCUCAAAACAACCUUAAUGGUACAAUACCAAAACAAGUUGUUUCUAUCUCAUCCUUAUCUAUAUAUCUAGACCUAUCCCAAAACCAACUAAGUGGUUCUCUUCCCAUGGAAGUUGGAAAUUUGGUAAAUCUCGGUUCCUUGGAUGUCUCGCACAACUUGUUAUCUGGUGAAAUUCCGAGCACUCUGGGCAGCUGUACAAGCCUGGAAACGCUGCGUUUGGGGACUAACUUUUUUAACGGAACCAUUCCUUCUUCUUUGAGUUUCUUGAGAGGCAUUCGAGAGUUGGAUCUCGCAAACAAUAACUUGUCCGGUGAAAUUCCAGUGUUUUUGGAGGGUUUUAGGUUGUUGCAAGAUUUGAAUCUGUCUUUCAAUAAUUUUGAAGGUGUAGUCCCAACACAAGGUGUUUUUAGUAAUACAAGUGCAAUAUCAGUGGUGGGAAACAGUAAGCUCUGUGGGGGUGUAGCUGAAUUGCAGCUUCCUAAAUGCAACUUUAAAGUGGAUAAAAAAUGGAGACCAAACACUGCCUUAAUUUUAGCACUCUCUAUUCCAUUUGGGCUUCUAGGACUAGCUCUGGAAUAUAUAUCUGUUAUAUGGUUAUGGGCAUGUUCGACCGUAGAUUAUCAGGGUAACGAAUUCAAGGCCCUGGUUUAUGAGUUCAUGAUCAAUGGGAGUCUUGAGGAGUGGUUACAUCAAAAUCCCAAAAAAUAUUUGUCAAAUGAAGAGCUCAGGAUGUUAAACCUUCUUCAAAGACUAAAUAUUAUCAUUGAUGUUGUUUAUGCACUGAAUUAUCUGCACAAUCAGGUCCAAACACCAAUAGUCCACUGUGAUCUUCAGCCGAGCAACGUUAUUUUGGACAAAGAUAUGAUUGGGCAUGUUGGUGACUUUGGGUUAGCAAAAUUUCUUCUAGAUUAUGCCACCCAUGACUUGUCUACAAAUGAAACAAGAUCUAUUGGCAUAAGAGGAACAAUAGGUUAUACUGCUCCAGGUUCUGGCAGCAAUGAAACAGAUCAACUAGCAUUGGUUGCAUUCAAGUCCCAAAUAACUGAUGAUCCCUUCAAUCUUCUCACUUCCAGGAACCAUUCCACCCAUUUUUGCCAGUGGAUUGGCGUCACAUGCGGCCGCUGCCGCCACCAGAGGGUCGUCUCGUUACAUCUCGGUCCCAGAAAUUGUCAGGUAACAUUUCACCAUACAUUGGAAACUUAUGCUUUCUCAGAGCAUUGCACCUCCAAAACAAUAGCUUUGGUCACGUAAUUCCCCCAGAACUUGACCGCCUAAGAAGACUAGAUAUCUUGCAUCUCCACAACAAUUCAAUUGGUGGUGAAAUUCCAGCCAAUUUAUCAGGUUGCUCUAAGCUCAUCCGCUUUGAUGUUUCUUACAACAAAUUGUUGGGGCAACUUCCUGUGGAGUUUGACUACUCUUCGCUAAAACUUCAGGUUAUACAUAUUUCACAUAAUCAACUUAGUGGAGGUAUCCCUUCUUCUUAUGGAAAUCUAUUAUAUCUUCAGAAAUUUGUUGCAACCAUAAAUAAUUUCCAUGGGAGUAUUCCUGACACUUUUGGAAAAUUGACAAAUCUUCAGGUUAUUGCUUUCGGUGCAAAUAAAUUGUCGGGGACCAUUCCAACAUCGAUCUUCAAUAUCUCUACUAUUAAUAUUUUUGAUGUUGGAGAAAACCAAAUCAAAGGAAGUAUUCCUUCUGAAAUAGGCAAUGCUUUUCCAAAUCUUGAGCUUUUUUGGUAUCGAGUCUAAUCAAUUUACUGGAUCCAUUCCAGUUUCAAUA